GUCGUGAAGUGUUGUAAAGUCACAUCGCUGCCGCACACACAUUAAAGGAGCAGGACAAUCGUACGGUUGGGUUGGCUCAUCAAAACAAACGUGAGAGACACGGGAAUUUAAUUAGUAAACAACAUCACCCAACAAUGUCAACAACAAAUGUGAUUAAAUGCAAAGCAGCUGUUGCAUGGGAGCGUGGGAAGCCCCUGGUCAUUGAGGACGUGGAGGUGGCUCCACCCAAAGUCCAUGAAGUCCGCAUCAAGAUUGUUGCCACGGGCGUGUGCCACACAGACUGGGAAUACCUGACUGGAAAAGGGAUGAAGUUUAGACCAUUCCCAUUAGUUCUUGGCCAUGAAGCUGCAGGGAUAGUAGAGAGUGUCGGUCCGGAAGUCACCAAAUUCUCACCGGGGGACAAAGUUAUUCCUCUUUUUCUACCUCAGUGUGGGGAAUGUGAUCGAUGUCAGAGUCCUAAAACAAAUCACUGCCGGAAGAACUGGGCACACACACAAAGGGGUGUAAUGGCUGAUGGCACAAGCAGGAUAACUCACCAGAGCCAGCAGGUGUACCAGUUCCUUGGCGUCAGUUCUUUCUCCCAGUACACUGUGGUUCCAGAUACAUCACUUGCAAAGAUACCAAGUAAUGCUCCGCUAGACAAAGUGUGUCUACUCGGCUGCGGCGUCUCCACUGGUUAUGGUGCUGCUCUUAAUGCAGGCAAGAUUGAAAAAGAUUCCUCUUGUGCCGUGUUUGGGCUCGGAGCUGUUGGACUGGCCGCCAUCAUGGGAUGCCAGGCUGCUCAGGCUAAAAGGAUCAUCGGGGUGGACAUCAACCCCGACAAGUUUGAGAAAGCCAAAAUGUUCGGAGCCACUGAAUGUGUCAACCCCCAAGAUUAUAGCAAGCCCAUCCAGGAUGUUCUGGUGGAGAUGACAGAGGGAGGGGUGGACUGCGCUCUGGAGUGUGUUGGGAGUCCAGUUAUUAUGAGCGCUGCGCUCGAGUCUACAAAAGAUGCCUGGGGCACCUGCGUCAUUGCUGGGUGGUCGGAGACUGAAGCGAUGAGCGUCAAUGUAGAAAAGAUCCUGAUGGGACGCACCUUGAAGGGAACUUACUUUGGAGACUGGAAGAGUGUGGAUGGUGUGUCUAAACUGGUGGAAGACUACAUGAACAACAAGCUGAAGCUGGACGAGUUUAUCACCAACAACCUCCCGCUGGACCAAAUCAAUGUGGCCUUUGAACAUAUGAAGAUUGGGAAAGGCAUCCGUACUGUAAUCAGUCUGUGGCCAGAGGAGGCUUCAGAUACAGUGGCUACAUUGAAGAUGAAUCAGUGACAGUCAGUGUCCUUGUAAAGAUAGUUUGCAUACAGCUCUGCAGUGUGUUUGUGAACAUCUCAAUGCUCCUUUUCUAAAGAUAUUGACAAUAAAACCAGUACCUUGCUUGACUUUGUAGCAAAUUGGCCACUAGAUGGCAGUCUUAUAUCAUUUAAAAGUCCACGUGUGUGUCCAUGAACACCAGAUAACUUUUUAAAUACUUUUUUUUACCUGCAAGGGAUUCUGUAUUUGUAUUUAGAUUAAAUUCUGAGUUCUUUUGUUUCUUGUUUAGCACAGACUUGAUCAAAAGGGAGAAAAAACUCCACAGAAUCUUAGUGUAAAAGGAUUCCUAAUGUAAUUCACACACAUAUAUAAAAAGCAUCAACAACAAGACAAAUUCUCUGUGCAUCUGUCAUACUUGGCAGCUGUACAAUACUUCUGGUCCUGAUAUCAAUGUGACGUGAUAGAAUUAAAUACCCUUGUAUACAAGAUGGGGGUAAAAGUCACAGGAAACAAAUGGCUGAAUUUGUCAUCAUCCAUGAAGAAGUAUCUGCUUCAUGUGGUCAGGCGUACCAAAUUUCGUCCUUGGUAAUAUUAGAUAUUGAUUUAAUGGGGAGAAGGGCUAAAAUAACAGUUGUGGGCUGUCAGGACAGAAGACAAAAGGUUGUUUGGGGAAUGCCUCUCGGUGCAGAACUGAAAUAGCUGUCGAAGGAAUUUGUUUUAUUGAAGUUCCAUUCAGAUCAAAUGAAUACCUUUGGCAGUUCCCUCCGCUUUUCUGUCUUUAUUUAAAAUGGAAAAUAAAUUGGUGUUCUUCUUCUUAU